AUGAACAUUUUAUGUUAUUAUCGUGAUUGCACAGAAGAAGAUGCUGCAAAAAUGUAUAAAGAGCACAUUAUUGAUAAAAUUCAAGAUCAAUUGGAAUUUAAUCAAUACUUUACACGUCAGUGGGACAUUCAUAAACAACAGUGGAUAGCCGCUGCCAGACCAAAUGAAUUAACCGUUGUGAAUAACGUUUCUGAAUCUUUAUUUAAAAAGAUAAAAUAUCACGAUUUUGGCUGCGUUAAAAAUCAAAGAAUUGAUGUUUUUGUCAAAAUUUUUUUAGAAGAAGUUGCACCCAAUUAUUUUUAUCGUAUUAAAAACGAUUUACUUCAAACAGGUUUUAUUCCUUCAAUUAGAAUUCGCGAGCCUCGAUUGACAGAUUAUAAAACAAAAUUGAAAAGAGAAGUUCAAUCACGUUUAUACCAAGUAUUAAAUUUUGUUCAGAAUCAAGAAGCCAAUUUGAAUCCAUUAAGAUUUUUAUUGGAAAAUGCUGAAGAAAAACUUUCUCAAAUAAAUGAGAAGAUACAAAAUUCAAUUACAUAUUUAAGAUCGUUUGAAAUUCCAAAUGAAUUGUUAGAUACGUAUAUGUUAGAAAUUAAUGAAUUUUGUUAUAAUUCUCCAGAUUAUAUUUUAGAACAUUUCGAAGAAUUUUUGGAGGAUUUCAAAGAAAAGAAUAAUUUAAUAGACUAA